CGGAAGUGUCAUUGACAGUAUUGGGUGUUUUGUUCUCAUUCCUAAACCUCAUUAUAACGGCGUGAAUAACAUGGCCACCAUACCACCAACUGUGAAUGAUCAGCCGGUACUGCAUCCGCGUGAGUUUGAGGAGCUAGAUAGUCGAAGAAGGUUUCACGCUCAUCAUCCACCCAACUACACACCAAGGCAAACAUUCCAGGAUGACCCUAGAGUCAGACCACCUGGACCUAGGUGGCAAGGCCCUCCCGGUGACCCUGGGACUUGGUGGUCACGCCCCUCUGGUGACCCUGGAACCAGGCCCCGACCCGCCGGUGACCCCAGAGCCAGGUUACACCCCUCCGGCGACCCAAGGACCAGACCACGCCUAGCUGGUGACCCCACGGCCAGGUGGCCACUCAUUGACGACCCCACGACAAGACCUCAGGUGGACGACUGCGAGCGGAUGGGGACCCUGUUCGGGCAGCUGAACAAGUGCCUGCGCAGUGCGGGCUUCACCCAGAUGUACUUUGGGGAGAAGGUUGUGGAUCCUGUGAUCAUCAUCUUUUUCUGGGUCCUACUGUGGUUCCUGGGCAUCCAAGCUCUUGGGCUGGUGGGGACUCUGUGCAUUGUCAUCAUCUUCAUCCAGAAGUAACUGGAUCUCCAGCCUGUUUGAUUGGCAGUUGGGAGCUCCGGUGUCUACAAAUGAAAGGACUUGAACUCCCUCACUGUGUUCUGUUUGCAUUAAAAGGGCAAUCAGCAGUUACUACAUACAUUUCUGGACUUAAUGAUAUGUACCCAUUGAUUCUUGAAGAAUAUUACUUAUAAAUGCCUCAUGAGCUUAGUUCAACUGUUGUA